GCCAAGACAGUGGGAGGAACCGGAACGGAAGCUGCCCGGAACCCUCGUGGCUGGCUGCGCUUCCUGUAGCGGCUGCUCCUCGCGCCGACUUCCGCUUCCGGGUGGCGGCUGCGUCCUGAAGGAGGGUCACGGAGCGCGCAGGUAUGGGGCAUGGAAAUGAACAUGGCCAUGGCCAUGGCCAUGGCAAAAUGGAACUCCCCGACUACAGGCAAUGGAAGAUAGAGGGUACUCCACUAGAGAAGGUCCAGGAAAGGCUAGCUAAACGGGGUCUUAGGGAUCCGUGGGCUCGUAAUGAAGCCUGGAGAUAUAUGGGUGGCUUUGCAAAACCUGUCACCUUAACAGAAGUCCUUACUAGAGGCCUGAAGUGGGGAUUUGCAGCUUUUGUCAUAGCUCUUGGCAUUGAAUAUACACUGUUUCCUCCAAAGAAGAAUGGAGGCCAUCACUGAAGAUCAAAUAUGACAACUUAAUACUAAUUACUAAGCUGAAACAUACAUAAGCCUGCUGCUCACUCUGUACUUAUGUGUAUUAAAGUCUAUCACAGGCAAAAACAUGUUUCUUUGAUUUUAUUCUACUUUUGUGGAAGGAUCAAAAAACAUAGCCGGAGCGAUUUACCUGACUGCAAUCUGGGGAAAAAAACCAAGACAUACAUAUGCUGCUGGGUUUGCUGUACCAUCCUUUAAAGAACAGGGGAAACUAUCAGCCCAGCUCUUUCACGCCCUGCCAACAUUCUAUUAAAUGAAAUUGAGAAAGUGUGUUGCUUUUAAGAGAAAAAUUGUACUGUAUUAAUUACAGGUUUAAUAAUGAUUAUUUGCUAGUAAGUGGUAAUGAAUGACUUGUCAUUUAAUAAAAGUAUAAUUUGUUACUAUUCACUCUUGUGUCUCUAAAUAAAAAGAACUAUUACCUUAAAGCUUUAAAAAGUACCCAAAACUGCCUCAAAGUAUAUGAAAAUACCAAAGCUUAUACUUAAUCCUAUUGAAGAGUUAAUUAAUUUGGCAGACACUAUGCACCAAAAUAAUCUACUGUGUAAUAUCCAGAAAUUAAAAAUUAC